UAGCCGGUAAACAAAAAGACACAUCAGUUUUUUAAUGACAUUUAAUAUUUGCUUGGAAAACUGUUUAUAUGGAAUUAACUCAAAACGCAUUAUCAGCAUUUCAUUCAGAGCUGGCGAGAUAAGAAUACACAUAAAUUUAGAACGAAAAAUAGUUCAUUUGAGCAAAAACUAUUGGGAAAAAAAAUGUUUUUACCGCAAAAAUUAAUUUCGUGCAUUGCACUCUGUGCAUUCAUUGUGAUUGGUGUUGAUUGUUCGAUUGAAGAAGAACACGGGGUUAUUUAUGCGAAUAGGUGUGAAGCCUGUAAAAUUCUAGCGACUGAAUUAAUGGAUCGACUGAAAGAGACCGGAAAAAGUCGUGAAGUUAUCGAUGUUGGCUAUUCCGUUGAUGAUGUGAAACCAAAGAAACGAAAAGAGUAUAAAAAGAGCGAAUUGCGUCUUAUCGAAUCGUUGGAGAAUAUCUGUGAUCGCGUUUUACAAUAUAAUUUGCAUAAAGAACGGAAAGGAAGCACUCGCUUUGCAAAAGGAAUGUCGCAGACAUUUAAAACGUUGCAUGGUCUCGUUGAUAAAGGUGUUAAAGUCGACUUAGGCAUGCCCUAUGAACUUUGGGACACACCUUCAGCCGAAGUCAGUCGACUCAAAACACAAUGCGAAUCAUUGGUUGAGUUGCACGAAAGCGACGUCGAAGAUUGGUACUACAAUGCAGAAGAAAAAGGUAUACCGCUAAUUAAAUUUCUUUGUGAAGACAUUGUUUUGAAGGACGAAGACUCAACCUGUCUGUAUGAAGUUUUCGACGAUAAAGAAGAAAACCAAAAAGGAAGCAAAGAAGAAUUAUAGAUGGUAAAAAAGUGGUUGUAUCCAAACAAAUUUUAUUUUAUUUUUAAUUUAAAAAUGAAUGCUAACAGUUGUAAACAUUAUAUUUGUUUAAAUUGUCUGAAAAUGAAAGGAAUAGAAUCAUUAUUUUCACUAUCAAAGUAAGAAUCAAUUUUUCAAAUUACCUCGAAUUAUUUGAUAAGUUGUCUCCAUGUCAUUUUCUGUGUUCGAAUCGUCAAAUUGCUUUCUCGAAAUCGAUAACUCAUAGCCCGGUCCGUAACGUAGAAAAUAUUUAUUAUCAGGUAAAUCGUUAUCAAGCGGUUCUUUCGUUUUGCAAAUCACAGAUGUUAAAUAGGUCCAAUAUCGUGCCGCAUUUUGAAAAUUGUAACCGCCUAAUUACACAUGAGAUAAGUGAUUUAAUAAAGACUUGAUUAAAACCAAAAACAAAUAAAA